AUUUGUGAGAAAAUAAUUGUUUUUUUCAUAAAAUAUAAAUGAAUUAAAAAAAAUUAAUUUUUUAACAAUUGGAUAACCUGCGUUAGUUUUCGCGGUAAAGUGAUAGCAAGCAGGAACAAGACGCCAAGGCACGCACGUCGCAUCGUUUACGAGGGUCAAAAAAAAUAAAUAAAACAACAAAAUGAGCAAGGCUAAGGAUUCACCGGUUACUGAACCUGAAACUGAAGAGGAAUUCAGUGUGGAAAAAGUUCUGGACAGACGAGUUGUCAAAGGAAAGGUGGAAUAUUUCCUUAAAUGGAAGGGCUAUUCAAAUGAUGAGAAUACAUGGGAGCCAGAGGAAAAUCUUGAUUGUCCAGAUUUAAUUGCUCAAUUUGAGGAACAACGUAAAAAAAGAGAAGCCGUACCUUCUGGCAAACGACAUGAAGAUAAGGACAAAAAAAGAAAGAGUUCCUCAACUCCCACUCCGACUCAAGCUAAAAAGAAAGCCCCAGAAGAAAAGAAAGCCGAAGGAUUCGACAGAAACUUAGACCCGGAACGCAUUAUUGGCGCUACUGACUCAAGUGGUGAACUUAUGUUUUUAAUGAAAUGGAAAGGAACCGAUGAUGCUGAUUUGGUCCCUGCUAAAGAAGCAAAUGUACGUUGCCCACAGAUUGUGAUUAAAUUUUACGAGGAAAGGUUGACAUGGCAUAGUCCAGCACAUGACGAAGAAGGUUCGACGAAACCCGAUCCAGAGUAGCAUUUUUUUUCUUCAAUAAUUUAAAAAAAAAAACAAAAAUUAAAAAAACAGCAUUAUUUCAAAUGCAACUCUUUGAAAAUCAUGUUAAGAGCAAAAACUGAAUGUAAUAACUUUUCUUCUUUUUUUUUCCUCUUUUUUUUUUUCAAUGAAAAGACACAAAAUCAUGACAUUUCAGUUGUAUUCGUCAUUUAACCAUUUUUUUUUUUUGCAUAUAUAAUUAUAUUUUUUAAAUAAAAUAUUGUUUUUCUUAAUUAA